AUGGCCAACGUAUCCAUCCAGCUCAAGACGCCGAUUACCGGCGAGUACAAGCAGCCGACAGGACUCUUCAUCAACAACGAGUUCGUAGAGGGCGCAAAGAAGCAGACAUUCGAGGUCAUCAACCCCACCACAGAAGAAGUCAUCUGCUCCGUGCACGAAGCCACCGAGGAGGAUGUCGACACCGCCGUUGCCGCGGCCCGCAAGGCCUUCGAGGGCGAGUGGCGUCGCGUCACCCCGCAGCAGCGCGGUGCGCUACUGCUGAAGCUGGCCGACCUCGUCGAGAAGAACCUGGACCUGCUAGCUGCCGUAGAGUCGCUUGACAACGGCAAGUCGAUCAGCAUGGCCCGCGGUGAUGUCGGUGGCGUAGCCGGCUGCAUCCGCUACUAUGGUGGCUGGGCCGAUAAGAUUGAGGGCAAGACGAUUGAUAUCAGCCCCGAUAUGUUCCACUACACAAGGCGGGAGCCGAUCGGUGUCUGCGGCCAGAUCAUCCCCUGGAACUUCCCCCUGCUCAUGCUCGCCUGGAAGAUCUCUCCCGCCCUCGCCACAGGCAACACCAUCGUGAUGAAGACCGCCGAGCAAACCCCUCUCUCCGCCCUCGUCUUCGCCAGCCUCGUCAAAGAAGCCGGUUUCCCCCCCGGCGUUCUCAACAUCAUCUCCGGCUUCGGCAAGACCGCAGGCGCGGCCCUCUCCGCCCACAUGGACGUCGACAAGAUCGCCUUCACCGGCUCGACCCUCAUCGGCCGCACCAUCAUGAAGGCGGCCGCCUCCUCCAACCUCAAGAAAGUCACCCUCGAACUCGGCGGCAAAUCCCCCAACAUCGUCUUCAACGACGCCGACAUCGAGGAGGCCAUCAGCUGGGUCAACUUCGGCAUCUACUACAACCACGGCCAAUGCUGCUGCGCGGGGUCCCGCAUCUAUGUCCAAGAAGGCAUCUACGACAAGUUCGUGGCCGCCUUCAAGGACCGCGCGCUUAAGAACAAGGUCGGCGACCCUUUCCACCCGGAGACCUUCCAGGGUCCGCAGGUCAGCCAGCUGCAGUAUGACCGUAUCAUGGGGUACAUCCAGUCUGGCAAGGAGCAGGGCGCUACGGUUGUCACGGGCGGUGAUCGCCACGGUGAUAAGGGGUAUUUCAUCCAGCCGACGAUCUUUGCGGACGUCUCGCAGGAGAUGAAGAUCAUGCAGGAGGAGAUUUUUGGGCCGGUUGCCGCGAUUGCUAAGUUCAAGGAUGAGGCGGAUGCUAUUAGGCUGGGGAAUGAUACUGCGUAUGGGCUGGCUGCGUCGGUGCACACUAAGGAUCUGAACACGGCUAUUCGGGUCAGCAACGGGCUUAAGGCUGGUACCGUUUGGGUCAACUGCCACAACAUGCUCAACCACGCCCUGCCCUUCGGCGGGUUCAAGUCGUCCGGCAUCGGCCGCGAGCUGGGCGAGCUUGCGCUUGACAACUACACCGAGCACAAGAGUGUGGCUAUUAACAUGGCCGGCAAGCUGUUCUAG